UCGGUUUAUUCGGGUUGUAUUUUUUGGCAGUUUUUUCGGGUUGGUUUGAGCGGUUUAUUCGGGUUGUAAAAAUUUAUGCACAACCCUAGAUGACAGUACUGAAGAAAGUGAUGUUGAAGCUGAUGAUUAUGAAGGAGACCCGGAGUAUGCAUAGGAUGAUGUUGGAAUGGAUGUCGACCAAAUGGCUGAACAACAUUUGCUAAGGAAGGGAAAAAGGCCUGUAGAAAUUGAUGUAGGAGAUGGGGAUAUGGUGGAAUCUGACAAUGAAAUGGGUGCACGAGAUAGCUUAGCUGAGGAUGAGAGUGAUGGGAAUGAUGGUAGUGAGUUCCACAAAGGAAAGAAAAGAUUUGAAAAAGUGAAACUACCUGAUUUGCCUGAGUUUGUAGCAGCAACUGACAUGGCCAAACCAACCUUUAAAUUGGGAUUAUCCUUUCCAUCAAGAAAAGUGUUUAAGCAAGCAAUAAGAGAGUAUGCAAUACAAAAUGGAAAGGAUAUAUGGUUUAAAAGGAAUGAUCCACAUAGAUUCAGGGCACAGUGUAGGGGUGUUAACUGCCCUUGGGUGUGUUUUGCAUCUAAGGUUGAUGACACUCCCACUUUUGUCAUCAAAACAUAUGAAGCUGAACACAAGUGAUCUAGGACAAAUAAUAACCGGUUUGCAACUUCCUAGUGGUUGAGUGACAAAUACUUGGAAGAGUUCAAGAUUAAUGAAAAAAUAGGUGUUUCCACAUUUAUGCACAAGGUUAGUAAGGACCAUGUGCUUGAAAUAUCAAGGGAUAAAGCCUAUAUAGCUCGGGUGAUUGCAACAAAAAACAUUAAAGGGAGCUAUGAGGAACAAUAUGUUGCUCUUUGGGACUAUGCAGAGGAAAUUAAGUCAACUAAUAGGGAUUCAACAGUUGAGUUUCUGACAAAAAUGGCAGAAAAAGGGGUGCCACGGUUUAAGAGGAUGUACAUAUGCUAUUCUGGGUUGAGAGAUGGUUUCAAUGGAGGAUGUAGGACCAUGUGCUUGAAAUAUCAAGGGAUAAAGCCUAUAUAGCUCGGGUGAUUGCAACAAAAAACAUUAAAGGGAGCUAUGAGGAACAAUAUGCUGCUCUUUGGGACUAUGAAGAGGAAAUUAAGUCAACUAAUAGGGGUUCAACAGUUGAGUUUCUGACAAAAAUGGCAGAAAAAGGGGUGCCACGGUUUAAGAGGAUGUGCAUAUGCUAUUCUGGGUUGAGAGAUGGUUUCAAUGGAGGAUGUAGACCCGUCAUUGGUUUAGAUGGGUAUCAUAUUAAUGGUGUACAUCCAGGACAACUACUAAUAGCAGUUGGUGUAGAUGGAAACAACAAAAUGUUUCCUGUUGCCUUUGCUGUGGUGGAAAUAGAAAAUAAAGACUCUUGGAGUUGGUUUGUGAACCUGCUGAGGAUAGACUUGAAAAUUGACAACUCUAACCACUAGACCUUUAUCAUAGACAAACAAAAAAUAUUGGAACAAGAUUUGAAGGGGAUGUGGGAAGAAGGGAUACCUGAAGUUGAGCAUAGACAUUGUGCUAGGAAUUUGGAGAAAAAUUUCAUCAAGGUGUUCAAGGAUAAAUCAUUAAAAGACCUGUUAUGGAAGGCUGCUAGAGAAGUAACUAUUCGAAGGUUUGAAGCUGUUAUGGAAGAGAUUAGAAAGAUCAAUAAUGAAGCUUAUGAGUGGUUGAUUAUUGCAGGUCCAAAACAUUGGUCUAGAUCACACUUUAGGACUAACCCUAAAUGUGAUAUUCUGUUGAAUAACAUGUGCGAGGCUUUAAUGGGACAAAAUCAAUAUUGGUUGCUAGAGACAGAACAAUAUUGUCAAUGCUAGAGCGACUCAGGAUGUACUUAAUGCAAAGAAUGACCAAAAAUAGACAGACUGCAAACACAUGGAAUUCUAACCUUGCACCAAAAAUAGUGACCAUUCUUGAAAAAAUCAAGGUUGAAGCUGGAUCACACUUGCCCACAAAGUCAGGAGAUUUGAUCUACUAGAUCCAAACCAUGUAUGGGUUCAUGUACUCUGUGGAUUUGAAAACGUGGGUGUGUUCAUGUAGAAAAUGGGAACUUACUGGCAUUCCAUGUAGCCAUGCAGUGGCUGCUAUUUGGCAUAAUAAAAAAGAUCCUGAGUUGUAUGUCAGUAAGUGGUACAUGAAAGAAUACCACAUGAAGGCUUACUCUCACAAAAUUUUUCCGAUUAGAAAUCAAAAUGAGUGGCCUAGAAGUGGGAAGGUUGAAAUGCCUAUUUGCAAAAAACAGCCAAGCAGGCCAAAGAAAUCAAGGAAAUUGGAGCUUGAUGAAAUGACUUCAGCUACUGGAAAGAAAUUGAAAAGAAGAUAUAUCAUAAUUAAGUGUUCUGGCUGCGGUGGAAAGGGGCACAAUUUUAGAACAUGUGAAAGAAAUGCAGCAACUUCGGCUAAGAAGAACCCACCAAAGGAUCCUAGAACUUAUGUAAAAAACCAUAAUCCAAUGCCUCAUGAUUCAGUAAGCUCAUCAACCCAAAAACACAAGUACACAAGAAACCACUCAACAUUUUCAGAAUAGAGCUCAGGCCAAGCAAUCUAUUCUAAUGAAACAAGCAAACAAGCAAGAUAAAUGUGGAAACAUUUUGAGGAAGAAAGUGAGAGUUGCAUCAAUGAACAAUGACCCAUGAAUAUGACCACUGGAUGCUUUUUUUUUGUGUGGAUAUUGGGAUGCUUUUCACCAUUUUGAAUGUGUAUCAACAGGAAAAUUUGCAAAUCAUGUCUUCCAUUUUGAUUAGUUUGUGUAAAGGAUGACCAUGAACUUUGAGAUUUUAGAUUUGUUAUAUUGAUUAGUUUAUGUACAACAUCUCAGCAGGAAGGUUCUUAA